GUCACGACAAAUACCUUGCUUCCUUGUCGUCUGCAUCUGAUACAGUACUUUACCUUAUGUAUAUACUUUGAUACACGUAUUGCGCGCACGCAUGUAACAUUUCGAUUUUGAUACGCUGCAGUUUGAUGCACGAGGCUGUCGCGACGAGGAAAGCCGGCAAAAGUAGGAAAAGAAAUGCUGCAUGGAGAAGAGAGAUGCGACGACACGUCCAGUGUUAGUCGAGUGGCACCGAUGGUACCGUAACUCGUGGAUUUGUCGGUUGUCCUGUUUCACCUGUAUCUGCAGUUCACACCGGAUCACGCCCUUCUUCUUUUACACCGCUCUCACUAACGGUUAAUCGACGUCGACCACUUCUUGCGUUCGAAGGAGAAUUGAACGUACGUACAGGUACCGCCAUCGAGCGGCGAUGUCGAGCAACGAAUUUUGCCGCCACUUCCGUUCCCUCAUGCCCAGAUACUGUUGUUGACAAGGCAGCGUAUGUACUUGCGAACCUGGAGAAGUUAUGACGGCUCGAAUUAGUUAGUUGGACAUUUAGAAAGAAUGGCAGUGCUACUUAACAAGUUGACGUUGAAACAGAUCGUGCAAGCCUCUGCUCGAUAUGCGCAUAAGAAGAUUCAUUGGGCGAAACUGAAGAAAAUGCAAACGGCAAAGGACAAAGCACUGGAACAUUUUGACGAGUUCUACGCAAACGUUUAUGGAAAAAAGUGGCCGGAUAUACGAGCCGCAUUGUUGAAAGAAGAAACCAAAUAUAUAGCUGUGGUCAACAAUUUCAGUGAUCCAGAUAGAAUCAAAUCUGAGUUAGAGCUACUUGGUGCAAUAAAUUUAAAAACUUUGUACAGUGUACACAAAGAAAAUUUAAAUUAUUUUGAAGCUAAAAGAAACGCCGAAUCACAAGAUGAGCAAAAUUUAGAGGAGGUUACAACAUCUGAAGAUCAAUUAGCAGAACUUCAGACAAUUCAUCCUGCUAAUCGUCCAAAUUUACUCGAAGCAUUGAAUGCUGAAUCUACUGAAUUUGUUAACAAUGAGGGACAAGAACAUAUAGAAUUAAAAUCUAUAGAUGAAAAUCUAAAUGAAAUCGAAUUAGAUACCAACCGUUUGGAUGAUUGGGUUUUAGAGUCUGAUCAUUAUAAAUUUUACAAUAAAGCCAAUGAUUUCAGAAUAAACGUUGAGAAAGAAUCGGUUCUGUCAUUUCCAGAAUAUUUGUAUGCAUAUACCUUUGAAAGAGAAAAUUACACUAGAUUUCCAAAUCCUAAAAAAGGAUCUACUGGUGUUUCAGAUUAUUAUUUGUUUGAUGGUGGAUCUAUACUUCCUGUGUUGGCUCUAGAUAUACAAUUUAAUGAUAUGGUGCUUGAUAUGUGCGCUGCACCUGGAGGGAAAGCUUUAACUAUAUUUCAAACUCUUAUGCCCCGUGUAUUGGUUGCUAAUGAUGUUGAGCGAUCUAGAGUAAACAGACUCAAGAAUGUUAUGAACGAAUAUGUUUCAAACAUUUGUAAAGAGCAAAAUAUGUUAAUUAUAACACAACAAGAUGCUAGAUCAAUUGAUGAAAAUGGUAGAUAUAAUAAGAUUUUAGUUGAUGUACCAUGUACGACAGAUAGACACAUCUUACACUCUGAUGACAACAAUAUUUUCAAGCCAAGUAGACUUAAGGAAAGAUUAAAAAUGCCGGAGAUUCAGGCUGAGAUUUUGACGACUGCAUUGAAAUUAGUUUCAGUAGGAGGCACAGUUGUUUAUUCAACGUGUUCUCUUAGUCCUGUACAAAAUGAUGGUGUUGUACAAGUAGCACUAAAAAAAGCAUGGGAAGAAAAUAAUUGCGUUAUGGUUGUAAAAGAUAUGACAGAAGCAUUAUUGCCUCUACAAUGUAUAUAUAACUUUGGUAGCAUUAAUUUAAAGUAUGGUCAUAUUGUUAUACCUACUCUUCAAAAUAAUUGGGGACCAAUUUUUCCAACAAAUAUUGGUACUACAAAUCCAGGUAUAGUAGCAACACAAUUUGUAAUGGCAACAAGAGUGCCAGCAAAAUUUGGAGCAAUAUCAAUAUGA